AUGCCUAAGGAGAAGACCACGACCCGCAAGGGCGGUAAGGAGCGCGUUCAGCGCCGCAAGAAGGACCCCAACGCCCCCAAGCGCGGUCUCUCUGCCUACAUGUUCUUCGCCAACGACAAUCGUGACAAGGUUCGCGAGGAGAACCCCGGCAUCACGUUCGGCCAAGUCGGCAAGAUGCUCGGUGACAAGUGGAAGGCUUUGACCGAGUCCGAGCGCAAGCCUUACGAUGAGAAGGCUGCCGUCGACAAGAAGCGCUAUGAGGAAGAGAAGGCCAAGUACCAGGCCGGUGAGAACGACGAGGAGGAGGAGUCUUCCUAA